AAAUCUGCCUUGAAGUCAGCUGCUGGGGAGAAAGCUACACGAGCCAAAUUGGUAGCAAAAAAAUUUCGACGACAGUCCACUUCCAAUUACCCAGUCAUACAGGUAGAUGGCACUGAAUUUUGUAAAGUUGAAGAAAAUGCUAUAUGCCUUAAAGAAGGAACACCACUCCUGAUAGAACACAGCGGUGACUAUCUGAGAGACCAACCACCUGCAUGCAUUGCCUAUGAUUUAGAUGGGAGAUCUUUUUGCAUUCCAGCUUCAAAGGUUUCUCUUUAUGGUGGACCUGAAAAAGAACCAUGGUUCUAUCCCAUUCGCAUUACUACCAAGAAUGCCACUUUUAUGCUUCAGCAAAGAAAACGAGAAGGCUGCUUCAUGGUCUAUCCCUCCUCCAAGAAUGAUGGUUAUUACCUAGCAGUUUGUGAUGAGUUUGGCCAAGUCUGGCCCUAUCCAAUAAAAGAAGAAGACAGAGAGUUUAGUCUUGGUGGAGAUUACCGCGUGUUUCCAACACUUAAGGACUUGGUGAACUAUUUCCGCUGCAGCAGAUAUGGACUUGUCACAAGACUGAGACGUCCAUUUAAAGAAGCCCACCUUGCCAUCACACCUGGUCAUCACUACCAGAAAUCCUUUGAGAUUGAAGAUGACCUCCAAGAAGGCACAAAGCUUGGAAAUGGGCAGUUUGGUAUUGUUGUCAAUGCUACAUUAAAAACCCAAGAUGUGGCUGCAAAAAUGCUCCAUACACAAGAUGUUUCCGAUUCAGCUGAGGAUGACUUUUUGAAUGAAGCACAGACCUUGAUGCGCCUAUGCCAUGAUCACAUAAUAAAGCUGGUGGGAGUUCGCUUUUCACAAGAACCAUUUGCCAUCGUUAUGGAGAAGAUGCCAUGUGGAAAUCUUCGACAAUGGCUGAAGAAUAAUGAAGUCUCAGAUCUGCCUUACUUCGAUGUCUUUGAGAACAUUGCAUCUGCUUUGAAAUACCUUGAGCGCCAGAGAUAUAUACUGCAUCGUGAUGUUGCAGCCAGAAAUGUCCUCCUCAAUGAAAGUUUCCAUGCAAAGUUAGCAGAUUUUGGGAUGGCAAGAUAUGUAGAAGAUGACCGCUACAGGGCUUGCAAAAAUGAAAAAAUCUCUGUGAAAUGGGCUGCACCAGAAGUAUUGGAAGAAGCCGUAUACAGCACAAAGUCUGAUGUGUGGGCCUUUGGCAUCUUUCUUUGGGAAGUUCUCAGCAAUGGGCAGCCACCAUAUCCAGAGAAGAACAACCGAGAAGCAGCCAUAUUUGUCAAACAGGGCAAAAUUAUGGACUUCCCUUCUACUAAAGGAAAGCUAAAUAAGAAAACACCUCUAGAAAAGGCAGAUCUUUUUUAUGACAUCAUGAAACAGUGCUGGCAUCCUUUGCCUGAAAACAGACCAACUUCCUCACAACUACAUGAAUUAGUAGCUCCAGCAAAGAACUACUAUCCAGUGGAUGGCACAGUGAGGCAAACAAAACUCAUGAGCAAGAAGAGUAACAAACCAUUGCCAUUGGUACCACAGACAGAUGAGAACCAUUUCUCCAAUGACGAAAAAGAUGCUGCAUCAAGAGGCCCACCUCCUCCACCUCCUAAGCCAAAACACCGUCUUCCACCACCUUUCCCUGGUACUAAACUCGUAAAUGAUGCUGCCAUUUAUGAUUCCGACUCAGACAGCCGAAAGAGUGAUGUGUUAGCAGAAGAAAAUUUAGGAGAACCUGCUGAUGAAUAUGCCUUGGACCAUUUUGAACUCCCAAAAGUUAGGGAGAAGCAAAAGAAGAAAUGGACACCCAAAAAAUUUUGGAAAAAAUAAUAAGUUUUAGAAAAACGUUCUUGGAUUUCCGUUGUUCUCCUCAUGGACAGAGAUUUUGCUGCAUCAGCAGUACUACCUAUUGAUUUUGCUUUUCAAAUAAUGUAAAUGAAAUUAUUUUUAUAGCCUCUUGUUUCAAGAUAAAUACAUUCCUAAAAAUGCAUCUUAUUAUUAUUAUUAUUAUUAUUAUUAUUAUUAUCUCAAAGCAUUGAAUAAUGACUUACAACUUUAGCUUUUAGCAUUUGUUUGUCAUCAAUUUUGUACAGCUAGGACUUGCUUUGCACGCCUUUAAUGAAAUAGAGUAGCCAGUAGAAAGUUUUGUGAAACAAAAAUUACAUAGCUCAUCUGUAUUGAUGAUAACUUUUCCCUGUAUAAUAGUCUCAAUUAAUUUUUCAUCUUAAUUAUGUUUUCAUUAUAUUUUUAUCAUUAUUGUUAGAAUAUUGAAUUGGUUGGAUUUUACCCAUUAUUAGAUAUCAAUUUGUAAGAGCCUUGAUUUGUAAACUGAAAUACAUUAUUAUAUUUUACAGUCCAGAUGUCUAGUCGGAAAAAGUGCUUUAUUUUAAUUAUGCACUGGAUGAUAAAGAUAUACAUAAUCAUCCAAGAAAGUAUUUGUUCAUUUGCACAAUAUAACUUUGCAUCAUCUUUUUUAUACCAAUUUGUUAAAUAUCCAAAUUCUUAUUUAAGGUGCUAUAUUAAAGCCCAGGUUUGGUUGGGCACACACUACUGUAAGGGGCGCUCCAUUUUUAUCCUCCCCCCUUCAGAGAGUACAAGGUGAAAAUCUAAAAUUUAUGACCUAUGACAGCAGUUAGGGUAUUCAUUUUUAUUAUUUUUCCAAAGUGUACGGUGGGCAUUACCACCCCACCCCCCUCCACUGUUUUGUUUGUAAACUUAUGAAAGUGAUAAUAAAAAUGGAUGACCCCUAAUGAGGCGGCUUGAUUGUACAAACAAUGUAAUUUCCCUGAGUAAUCUCCCAUCCACCACUUACUGUAUUUGUCCAGAUAAAGGAUUUCAGAGAGAUAAUGGGUAUUGCAAUCAAGCUGUUUUGUGCCAGUAUUAGACACCAGAUACAUCAUGGCUGGAUAUGACAGUGGAGAAUUUUUAUGAUGACCUAUGUUUUAAGAUGGAUAGAUAUGUGAUUUUAUUUUUCAACUUACAAUUAUUUUAGCUAAUUUUUAUGAAUCAACGAAUGCAAAGCUUUCAGUGGUAAUCAUACAAGGAUCAUUACUUUAAGAUAAGAUCUAAGAUAAAACAAAGUAAAUCAAAGACUAAUAUUUUUUAUGAAACUGCAGUAAAAUGCUUAUAUUUUUAUAUUUUAUAUUAUCAAAUGACAAACUGACCAAUAUUUCGCUAAAAUAUAUGAAAUUUAAUAUUUUGUCUUACUUUCAGCUGGGAAAUUUAAUGCUGGUUGCUGUUUAGUAAGAGUAUAUAUAUAUUAACAUUCUCAUACAUAUGAACAGUCCAUAUUUAACAACUUUCUCACAUUUUUACAAGAAAAGAUUGUAAACUUGAUUAUGAAUGUAAUAAAGGAACUGUAGAAGGCGA